GGGAGUGGAGGGGGCUGCGUUGCCAUGGCAGCGGAGCCGAGACCAGUGGGGCCGAGCCGGGCCGAACCCGGGGCCGAGAGGGGCCGAGCGGUACCGGACUGAGCCGAACGUGGGACUGAGCCGGGCCGAUCCCAGGGCCGAGGGUGGUCGAGCGGUACCGGACUGAGCCGAACCGGGAGCCGAGCGGUACCAGACUCCGCCGAACCCGGGGCCGGGCUUGUCCGAGCCGGGCUGAACCUGGGGCCGAGCGGUUCCGGACGGUACCGAACUCAGCCGAGCGUGGUGCCGAGCCGGGUCGAACCCGGGACCGAGCGCAGCCGAGCGAUACCGGACUGAACCGAACCCGGAGCCGAGCGAUACCGGACUCAGCCGAACCCGGGGACGGAGCGGCUCCGAGAAGGGCCGAACCCGUACCGGGCUGAGCUGAUUGUGCCCCGAGCGGUUCUGAAGGGUUGCCGAACCGGUCCGAGCUGUCCCGGAGCCGGCCCGGUGCGGUGUAACGGAAACCCCCUCAGGAGCUGCCCCCGCUGUGCCCCGCCGCCGCCAUGCUGAUCAAGGAGUACCACAUCCUGCUGCCCAUGAGCCUGGAGGAGUACCAGGUGGCCCAGCUGUACAUGAUCCAGAAGAAGAGCCGGGAGGAGUCGAGUGGCGAGGGCAGUGGCGUGGAGAUCCUGGCCAACCGACCCUACAGCGAUGGCCCUGGGGGCAGCGGCCAGUACACCCACAAGAUCUACCACGUUGGCUCCCACAUCCCCAGCUGGUUCCGGGCGCUGCUUCCCAAAGCCGCGCUCCAGGUGGAGGAGGAGUCCUGGAAUGCUUAUCCCUACACACGCACCAGGUAUACGUGUCCCUUCGUGGAGAAGUUUUCCAUUGAGAUCGAGACAUACUACCGCCCGGAUGCAGGGCAGCAGACCAACAUCUUCAACCUGAGCGUGGCGGAGAAGAGGCAGAGGAUUUUGGACACCAUUGACAUUGUGCGUGAUCCCAUAUCCCCUGGGGAAUACAAACCUGAGGAGGAUCCCAAACUCUACCACUCAUCCAAGACGGGCCGGGGGCCACUGGGGGAUGACUGGCUGGAGGCAGCAGCAGCCAGCGGGCCCCUCAUGUGCGCCUACAAGCUCUGCAAGGUGGAGUUCCGAUACUGGGGGAUGCAGUCCAAGAUUGAGCAGUUCAUCCAUGACGUGGGCUUGAGGAAGGUGAUGCUGCGUGCCCACCGCCAAGCCUGGUGCUGGCAGGAUGAGUGGACAGACCUGACGAUGGAGGAUAUCCGGCAGCUGGAGGAGGAGACGGCGCGAAUGCUGGCACAGAAAAUGGCCAAGUGUGGCGAGGGCGAGGAGCCACCCGCGGCUGGGGUCAGCCCGGAGGGGCAGCCGGAGCCAGAUGGUCCUGGCAGUCAGGAGGAGGCUGAGCUGCAGGCGGGGACUGAUACCCCCUCGGAUGAUACCUUUGCCAAGCAGUGGUCCACCUCUUCCCGGUCUUCCUAUUCUUCCCAGCAUGGAGGGGGCGUGUCUCCUCAGAGCCUGUCAGAGUGGCGGAUGCAGAACAUUGCCCGGGACUCAGAGAACAGCUCCGAAGAGGAAUUUUUCGAUGCCCACGAGGAUCUGUCUGACAGCGACGAGGUCUUCGCCAAGGAGAUGACCAAGUGGAGCUCCAACGACUUCUUGGACACCCUUGAGCGGCCAAUGGAGCUGGAUGACGCACUGGGGGAUGGAGCCAGCGUCACCAAGGGGGAUGGUGAAGGAUUGGGAACAUCCAGCUUCCCUGAGGGAGGCACGGCAGAGAGCACGGAGCAGAUGUGCCGGAUCCACGUGCUCUUCCUCAUCCUCCACAGUGGGAACAUCCUGGAUCAGGGAGCGGGGGAGCCGGGCUCCAAGCAGGCGGAUGUGCACACACUGGCAGCCACCUUUGAUGCUGUCACCCGUGUCCACUUUCCCGAGGCACUAGGACACGUGGCCCUGCGCCUGGUGCCCUGCCCGCCCAUCUGUGCUGCUGCCUACGCCCUUGUCUCCAAGCUCAGCCCUUACAGUCAUGACAGGGACAGCCUGUCCAGCAGCCAGGACCACAUCCCGCUGGCAGCGCUUCCACUGCUGGCCACCUCCUCAGGCAUCUACCAGCAGGCCGUGGGCACCGUCAUCACCCGUGCCAACCAGGCCUACGCAGCCUUCCUGCACUCUGGAGAGGGCACUGGUUUCUGCGGCCAGGUGGUGCUGCUGGGGGACUGCGUGGGCGGUAUCCUGGGAUUUGAUGCCCUGUGCCAGAGCCGGGCAGGCUCAGGGGGCAGCCGGAGCAGCAGCCGCCGUGGCAGUCUGAGCACGGAGCCCAUCUCCCCGGAGCAGUGCGGCAGCCCAGACCCGCUGGCUGAUGGGACAGAGGGAGCGCCGGUGUUGGGCCAGGCCAGCCCUGAAGCCCCAGGGGCACAGGGGGACAGCCAGCAGCACAGCUCCACAAGCAGCCUGCAGGCCAGCGAGGCCCCGCUGGAGGCAGAGGCAUCCCGGGGCAGUGCCAUGGCACUGGAUGGGGCAGAGGGUGCCAGCACCCGCCUCGAAUUUAAGGUAUCCGGCUUCUUCCUCUUCGGUUCCCCACUGGGGCUGGUGCUCGCGCUGCGCAAGACCGUCAUGCCUGCUCUGGAUGCGGAGGCCCUGCAGACACACUCUGCCCUGUUUCUGCCCAAAAUGGAUGUGGCUGCUCCCCCUACCCCCACUGGCAGCUUUGGGGGCUUCUGGAAGGGCAGUGAGCUGGCAGAGCCCCCCACUCCUGCCAGCACCAGUGAGGUUGUCAAGAUCCUGGAGCGCUGGUGGGGCCCGAAGCGCAUUGACUACUCUCUGUACUGCCCCGACGCCCUGACUGCCUUCCCCACCAUCACCCUGCCCCACCUCUUCCAUGCCAGCUACUGGGAAUCCUCCGAUGUGGUGGCCUUCAUCCUGCGCCAGGUGAUGGAGAAAGAGGGGCCACAGCCUGCGGAGAGUGAGGAGAGCUCCAUCUACAGCCCCGCCAUCCCGCGGGAGAAGUGGCAGCGCAAGCGCACCCAAGUGAAGAUCCGGAACGUGACAGCCAACCACCGUGCCUGCGAUGUCAUUGUGUGUGAGGGCAAAGCACAGGUCCUCAGCGGGCGCUUCAUGUACGGACCCCUGGAUGUGGUGACACUGACUGGGGAGAAGGUGGACAUCUACAUCAUGACGCAGCCGCUGUCAGGGAAGUGGCUGUACUAUGGCACCGAGGUGACGAGUGGCAGCGGGCGCGUGACCUUCACCAUCCCUCCAGACAAGGCUCUGGCCAUUGGGAUCUACCCUGUGCGCAUGGUGGUCAGAGGGGACCACAGCUAUGCUGAGGCGUACCUGACUGUGGUGGCCCGUGGCACCGAGUCCGUUGUGUUCAGCAUCGAUGGCUCCUUCACUGCCAGCGUCUCCAUCAUGGGCAGUGACCCCAAAGUGCGAGCGGGGGCUGUGGACGUUGUAAGGCACUGGCAGGACUCGGGGUACAUGAUCAUCUACGUGACGGGGCGCCCCGACAUGCAGAAGCACCGCGUGGUAGCCUGGCUCUCCCAGCACAACUUCCCCCACGGCGCUGUCUCCUUCUGCGACGGGCUCACCCACGACCCGCUGCGCCAGAAAGCCGCCUUCCUGCAGAGCCUGCGCACUGAGGCAGAGAUCUCCAUAGUCGCUGGCUACGGCUCCACCAAGGAUGUCUCCGUCUAUAGCUCACUGGGACUCGCGCCAGCACACAUCUACAUUGUGGGACGGGCUGUCAAGAAGUUCAACAACCAAUGCCAGUUCCUCUCUGAGGGUUACGUUGCCCACCUGGCCCAGUUGGAAGCUGCAGCCCUGGCUCACUCCCCCAAGGGCCCCCCACGACCUGUGCUGGGCAAAGGCACCUAUGGCUGCCCAGCGCCUGUCGACUUCCUGCGGAAGCAGAGCCAGCUCCUGCGCUCCCGAGGCUCCAGCCAGGCAGAGCGGGAUGGGGGGCCCCCCUCAGCACCCCCUGGCUUUUCCCGGACCAAGCCCCGCAGCAUCAGCCUCAAGCUGGAGGGUGAGGAGUGAGGGUGGCACGGCCAUGUCCCCCUUCUGCCACAUCCCUCAUUUCCCAGCAAGGAGCACCUGGGGACAGAGCCGGUGCUGGGCCAUGAGGCCAUCGUAAGGAGAUGAGGGUGCUGGGUCCCCUGAGACCAGGGGGUGCUGGGAGAAGGCUCAGAGCCCCCCAGAGGACCAGAGUGAUCCCCUCAGGGUAGAGCCACCCUUGGUCCUCCCUGCUGCCCCCAGCCCCCUCCCCUCUGGUCCUUUCGGGCCGUUGGGCAGUGCCCAGUGGGGUCUGCACCCCAGGGUCAUUAUCCCUGUGCAGAACUGGGGGCUGUGGCUGUGCCCCAGCGCGAGUGGCACCUUCCCACCUAUUUAUUUCCGUCCGGUGUCGUGGCACAGGGCUGGGCUGGGGUUCCAGAGUGGUUCCUCUUCCCCCCCAUUUCGUUUUGGUGUUGAAUAAAGAGAUGUUAUGACAAGGUG